CCGUCCUUGCCCUCCCUGCAUCCUGGCUCACCACGAGGCUAGGUCAUGGAGAACCCGCAAUGGUACACACCCUACACGCCGUAUCAGCCCGAAAUCGCUCAAGGUGUGUGGCGCAUCGGGUGCCCUCUCAUUCCAGCCAUUCAUAUCCUAUUCAGGACGUCUCGAGAGCCUGGUGAACUACCAGACAAUGAUCAUGUCUCUCACGGCCAUGGACAUCGCCAAUGCUUCUCUUCUGGACGAGGCUACGGCCGCAGCAGAGGGCAUGGUGAUGGCAUUCGUCUCGGCUUCGCAGAAGAAGAAAACUUUCGUCGUUGAUAGAGGGGUCUCUCCUCAGACCAUCGCCGUCCUGCGAACUCGUGCCAAGGGUUUUGGAAUCAAUGUCGUCGUUGGUGAUGUCACCGGUGCUGUCGCAGACUCGUCUGCAAACACUGAUAUCUGCGGUGUUCUCGUCCAGUACCCAGACGUCAACGGUCAGAUCAGGGACUUCAGCGGUCUGUCAGACAGUGUGCACGCUCUGGGCGCCAUUGUUGUGUGCGCUACCGACCUCUUGGCUCUGACGUCGCUGAAACCUCCCGGUGAAUGGGGCGCGGACAUCGUUCUGGGCAACUCGGCGCGGUUUGGUGUGCCUGCUGGCUACGGAGGUCCUCAUGCCGCCUUCUUCGCCGUCACCGACAAGCUCAAGCGCAAGAUGCCUGGACGGCUGAUCGGGCGGAGUCGAGACACGACGGGCCAGCCGGCCUACCGUUUGGCGCUUCAGACUCGCGAACAGCACAUCCGCCGGGAGAAGGCCACUAGCAACAUUUGCACCAGUCAGGCGCUGCUGGCGAACAUGGCGGCCAUGUAUGCUGUGUACCACGGGCCUGCCGGAUUGAAGGCCAUUGCGGACAAGGUCCACGCGUUCACUCAGGUUCUCGCAUCGGCUGUCCAGGGCUUCGGCUAUAAGAUCGUAAACGACACCUUCUUUGACACUCUAACCAUCGAUGUCUCAUCUGUUGCCGGCGAAGCCGAGGCCUUGCACGCUGCUUCCGUUGCUGCCGCCAUCAAUUUGCGCAAUGUCUCAAGCGAGAGCGUUGGUGUCACAUUGGAUGAAAGCGUGACUCCCGAAGACCUGAUUGCACUGAUCAAUGUCUUCGCAUCUGCUGCCAGCAAAGCCUCUGUCGCGCGCUCGAGCCUCGUUGCACCCGACGGCCCCUCGAUCCCGCAGCCCUUUGUCCGGACGUCGACUUUCUUGACGAAUCCCGUGUUCAACAAGCACCACUCCGAGACGGAGAUGCUGCGCUACAUCUUCCAUCUUGCCUCCAAAGACGUCGGACUCGUUCACUCGAUGAUCCCUCUCGGAAGUUGCACGAUGAAGCUCAACAGCACGUCCAGCAUGAUUCCGCUGACUUGGCCCGAGUUCAGUCAGGUGCACCCUUUUGCGCCGUAUGACCAAGUCAAGGGAUACCACACCAUCAUCAGGGAACUCGAAGACGAUCUCUGCAAGAUCACUGGCUUCCAUGCAACGUCUCUGCAGCCCAAUUCUGGUGCCGCUGGAGAGUAUGCUGGGCUGUGUGUGAUUCGCGCCUACCACGAGUCGCGAGGAGAGGCUCAGCGUGAUAUCUGUCUCAUCCCGUUG